UUUUGAUGUAUUUGCAGACCAAAUUUUCGGCCCUUCAAUGCUUCAAUUCCCAUUAUGAGGUACAGCUAGGAGUUGUGCCAAUUGACAAGAGUCAGCCUCGAAGAGAGAUGUUUAGGUUCAAAGAGAGAUGUUUGUCGACCCACCUCAGCUGUUUGCCCAGCUCAAGAGAGCACCCAUGCCAAGCCUCCCUCGGCGCGCCGCACAAGCCUUCUGCGCCUUGAUCCUUUGGAAGAGUCCCAUGCCACGAAGCUAUGCACUGCCGGAAAAGGCCUCUCAUGCCUUCACUGCACGGAUGUGCGCUGGGAGCCGCUUUCUAGAAAGCCAACGCUCAGAUGCAUUGUUUGUAGACCCCUUGGCGUCGAAACUGGCAGGGCCACAAGGCUUGGCGCAACCGAUGGGUGAUUGGAUCAUGGUGCCCCGAACAAGAUUUGGUGAUGACUUCGUGCUGCAUCACUACAUGAAAGCAAGGCCUUGUCGACAACUGGUGCUGCUUGGUGCUGGCAUGGAUGCGCGGGCCUAUCGCUUGAGAUUACCGGAGCUGAAAGUCUUUGAGGUGGAUCUGCCCAUCCUCUUUCAGGAGAAGGAGCCUCUUUUGGAGGGAGAAACUCUCACAGUGCAGUCACGUUCAGUUGUACCAACAGACUUUUCCUCAGGAGAGGACUGGAGUACCAAGCUGCAAAGAGAUGAACACUUCGAUCCCACUCAGCCCACUGUGUGGCUCCUGGAAGGCUUGAUGAUGUACCUCACAGACCGAGAAGCCACACAGACCUUGCGGCGUAUCGGUGCUCUGUCAGCUCCACACUCCGCGCUCUUCUUCGACGCGAUCUCGGCGAGCUACGUGCGACAGCGGAUUGUGGUGGGUGGUGCACCAUUUUUGGGAGGCUCUGAUCAUUAUGCUGAGUGGCUCAAGGAAGCAGCUUCCUUUGGACGGACGCAGGUGUGGGAUUUCAACAGCAUGCGAGUGGACCGCUGGAACCAACGACUCUCCAAGGAUUGGGCAAGGACUGUAAGCCCCGCUGAGCUCUAUGGCCGAAACGUGGUGCUCUUCGUCGAGAGUCAGAUCUGAAGUCCUCUGCGUGUGCUGGGAGCUGCGCAAAGCUUGUGCAAACCAUUGCCGUCAGCCGUCAGUUGAAUUGAGUUUGACAGAAGCUCCAAGC